AUGAUUGUCAGCCUCCUGCUUUCUUUUGGGGUUUUCUGGUUGCCGUACCUCACCGUGACGACAGUUUGCUUUGUGUUUGAGUUUGGGGUCCCCGCCUACAUCAGCGUGAAUCUCCUUUGGGUGCAGUGUGUCAAUAGUAUGUUGGCUGGAGUGGUGUUUUGGCUGAGGAGUGAUACAGUGGGGCCUUACAGCAGUGUGCCUGAUCAUGUUUGUUUGUGGCAGGCUUACUGGCAGCUCAGCACAGAGACACAGAUGCAGAAGCAGCUCACUGUGGCCAUGUUUAACCCUUCAAAGAGCAAAGAAAGUACAGCAUUUGACGUUUGA